AUGGCUAUGACUAACCACAGGUCUGAGCUGAGACGUAAUGCAGAAACAGAUAUAAGAAUUGGGAUGUCUUCUACUAAGCCAGACAAUGAUUUGUUCAGGGAGAACUUGGCAGGAAGUCCUAGGGCGGGGAGUUGGGCACCCCCGGAGAUAGCCGCGGCCCGCAGCGAGUCUCGGGAUGGGGCCAAACCUGGCCUACGUGAGAUUCGCGUCCACUUGAGCCAGCACUCGCCGGGCAGCCAGUAGGGCGUCAGGGAACUCAUCGAGAAGCACUAUGUGGAGCUGAAGAAGGCGAACCCUGGCCUGUUUAUCCUAAUGCGCGAGUGUUCUGAUGUGCAGCCCAAACUCUGGGCCAGCUACGCAUUUGGCCAAGAGAAGAAUGUCUCUUUGAACAGCUUCAGUGCUGAUCAGGUAACCAGAGCCGUGGAGAAUGUGCUAAGUGGCAAAGUCUGA